CGAGUCAGUUCACCGCCGCGCCGCGCUCAGACCACACGUGUGUAGCGUCACAUCCUCCGCGGCGCUGCGACACGAUCGAACGUUCCACCAGUCAUUCUAGUGAGUCGGGAGGGAAACCUCUCGUCGACAAUCAAAAUCACCUCUGAAGUGGAAAUGCCGUCGAGCCUGUUCGGUGAGCUGGGCGGAGGUCUGGUGGAGGACCCGCGCGCCUUUCAGCUGGCGCUCGAGCUGAGCAUGUUGAACUUCGGCGAGAGCCUGCCGGCCUCCAACCCGAUGUCCAGUCCCCUGGGCUUCGCGCCGCCGCCCGACGACCGCGCCAAGAAAUCCCAGAACAUGACGGAGUGCGUGCCGGUGCCUUCCUCGGAGCACGUCGCAGAGAUCGUCGGCAGACAAGGGUGCAAGAUCAAAGCUCUACGCGCCAAGACCAACACAUACAUCAAGACUCCGGUGCGCGGUGAGGAGCCCGUGUUCGUGGUGACGGGUCGCAAGGAAGACGUCGCACGCGCCAAACGCGAGAUCCUCUCCGCCGCCGAGCACUUCUCGCAAAUUAGAGCUUCGCGCAAGUGUGGAGCUGCGCCCCCGCCCCCGGCCGGAGCGCCCGGACAUGUGACCGCACAGGUGCGCGUCCCAUACCGCGUCGUGGGACUGGUCGUGGGUCCCAAGGGCGCCACCAUCAAACGCAUCCAACACACCACUCACACGUACAUCGUGACACCGUCGAGGGAACGCGAGCCCGUGUUUGAGGUGACCGGGCUCCCGGAGAGCGUGGAGGCAGCUCGCAAGGAGAUCGAGGCUCACAUCGCUCUUCGUACCGGAGCUGCCAACGGAGCGACCGGCGCGGGCGCGGUGGCCGGGGCGGAGGGCGAGCCCCUCGCUCAGCUGUACCGCGCUGGACUCGCGUCUUUGUUGCGUCCCGAACAGGAGGCCGCGUUUUCCUCCGCGGGAUCUUGCUCGUCAGGCGGCUCCUCGGGGCGGCUCGGCGACCUGCUCGGCAUCUGGUCCUCGACGGAGCGUGACGAAGGUCUCGGCGAGUCCCCGUCGUUCGAGUCCCCCGGCGCGGGCGGCGUGUGGGCGUGGGGUCCACCGCGCCCGUCGCCGGCCGCGUCUCCCGCUCGCACGUGCGGUCUCUGCUCGGAGCGCGGGGUGUCAGCGGCGCUGGUGCCGUGCGGUCACAACCUGUUCUGUUUUGAGUGCGCACAGCGGCUCGCCACGUCGGGGGCGGCGUGCCCGGCCUGUGCCUCUCCGACGCAUCAAGCCAUCCGCAUCCUAUCGUAAGCCGCGACUCGGCGAGCCGAGUUCCCGCCGAUGCGGGACUGACCUUUUUUACUUAAAUUGUUACGAAAAUAUUUAAAAAAAAGUCGCGUAAUCGAAAUCCUGGUGCCAAAAGUCGGCGCCUCGCCGGCCGGCCCAUCCGCCGCGCCGUACCUAUCGUAAGUCGGCAGAGUUACUCACCAUAUAUUUUCUUAUUAUGAACGUUUUUUAUUAGGCGGCGAGAGGUGGGCGCCCGCCGCGCUCGCCGCACUCGCCGCCGCAGAGAGGGUCGACAUACGUUACGAUAGAAUUUCGAAAAAAAGCAAAAAAAAUAAUAAAAAAAGUUGUAUAAUUAUUAUUAUUAUUAUUAUUAUUGAUAGCAUAAAUGAGAAAUCGAAAAUUUAUAAAGCUUACCUAACGUAGUAGCGUAAAGUAUUAAGAUACGGUAAUAUAAUAUAAUAUAAGCGCGGGAGGAGCGGCGCGGGGUCCGCGGCGACCUAGCCAAUGUGUCGUGGGUAGCCAAUGCUGAGUCGGAGUGAGGUGUGUCGUGUCGUGGCGUCGUGAUGUCGUGUCGUAUCGUCGUGUCGUGUCGUGGUGUCGGUACUGUCUGUGUUUAUUGUAUUGUAGUGUAUCGUAGUGAAUGCCGCCGCGGCUCCUCCGCGUCGCGACCUCCCCGCGACACAUGCUCAUUAUUUUGACUACGAUUAUUCGCUUAAAUGAUAUUAUACAUACGUACACACUAUGAUUAUGAUAAUAUUAAUAUAAUGUUUGUUUUAAGUGUGUUUUAAUGUUUAGAUUUUUAUUAUAAUGUUUUUAUGAAUGAUUUUUAUCUGUACGAUUAUUAUUAUUAUUAUUGAUUAUUAUUUUAUGUGUUGACGAUGAUUUUGUGAUUGUGCGCCCGCGCCCGCGCCCGGGCCGCGGGUGGAGGCUGCUACGCUCCUUUAGUGGUUAGGACGACUAAUCAAAUUAAAGUAAUAAAUCAUAAACAAAUAAUACGACUCAUUCAUUAUUAUUAUAAACUAUGGUAGUUUGUAGCGCGACAUUGACUAAUCAUUACCUAUUGAUACUUAUUAAGUAUUCUUAUUAUUAUUAUUAUUAUUAUUAUUAUAUUGAAUAAAUUUAAAGAAUGCAUAAUUAUAUUUCAUAGGAAUCAUUAUUCUGUAUAACUCUAGUUAAAUAUAACGAUAAUAAAGAUAAUUGUAUUUGUACGAGACCUUGUUGUUUGGUUUUAUAACGGGAGGCUGCUUUUAUGGAUUGAUAUUUUUUUAUUUUUUUACUGUUAUUAGUUUUUGACUUACUCAUGUAAAGACACGCGAGAUUUAAAACUGCCUAUUAGAUUAUAUUUUAAAAAAUAAUGGUUACGUAAAAACAGCCUCCGUCGUACGUAGAUCCAGUGAUUUCGAUAAUUUUAUUUUCAUAAUAAAAUGGGUAGACGCUUUAGGUUCAAAUAACGUUGUGAAAAUUUGUGAAAUUUUGUAGACUACAUAUCUUAUUAUAAAUCUAAUAUAAACUAUAAAUUUCGA